UCCCCAUUCCCUCGCUCCAUUCAUUUCCUCCGUCUUCCCCCCCCAACCUCUUCAAAAGAGAAGUUUCUAUUUCCCUUCCGUUCACGUCCUCCGGUGUUCUCUCUACAACAUGGGGUCGACCCUGCUCCCGGAUCUCGGGACCGACAUCCUGAUCCCGGCCUGCGCCGUGAUCGGCAUCGUCUUCUCCCUUGUCCAGUGGCUCCUCGUCUCCAAGGUUAAGCUCUCCCCCGCCGGGGAGUCCAACAACAGCGGCGCCAAGAAUGGGUACACCGACUACCUCAUCGACGAGGAGGAGAGCGUGAAUGACCACAGCGUCGUGCUCAAGUGCGCCGAGAUCCAAAACGCCAUUUCUGAAGGAGCGACCUCCUUCCUUUUCACCGAGUACCAAUAUGUUGGUAUCUUCAUGGUUGGAUUUGCGAUCCUGAUCUUUCUCUUCCUCGGGUCUGUCGAGGGCUUCAGCACUAGCAGUCAGCCCUGCACCUUUGACCAGACAAAGAUGUGCAAGCCUGCCCUCGCCACGGCCCUCUUCAGCACCGUGUCCUUCUUGCUUGGUGGCAUUACCUCUGUGGUGUCAGGCUUCCUUGGCAUGAAGAUUGCAACCUACGCGAAUGCAAGGACAACCUUGGAGGCCCGGAAGGGUGUCGGGAAGGCCUUUAUCACUGCCUUCAGAUCAGGUGCAGUGAUGGGCUUCCUUCUUGCUGCCAACGGGCUUCUGGUGCUUUUCAUCACAAUCAACCUGUUUAAGCUCUACUAUGGUGAUGACUGGGGGGGUCUCUUUGAGGCCAUCACUGGAUAUGGGCUUGGUGGUUCUUCCAUGGCCCUCUUUGGAAGAGUUGGUGGCGGAAUCUACACUAAGGCUGCUGAUGUGGGUGCUGAUCUCGUCGGGAAGGUCGAGAGGAAUAUUCCUGAGGAUGACCCGAGAAACCCAGCUGUGAUUGCGGAUAAUGUGGGUGACAAUGUUGGUGACAUUGCUGGCAUGGGAUCGGACCUGUUUGGGUCAUAUGCCGAGUCUUCAUGUGCUGCUCUUGUCGUGGCUUCGAUCUCUUCCUUUGGGAUUAACCACGAGAUGACCCCAAUGCUCUAUCCUCUAAUUGUCAGCUCCGUGGGUAUCCUUGUUUGCCUCAUCACCACCUUGUUUGCGACUGACUUCUUUGAGAUCAAGGCUGUGAAGGAGAUUGAGCCUGCUCUGAAGAAGCAGCUUAUCAUCUCAACUGUUCUCAUGACUCUAGGAAUUGCCAUUGUUAGUUGGAUUGCCCUCCCAUCUUCCUUCACCAUCUUCAACUUUGGAACUCAGAAGGUUGUCAAGAACUGGCAGCUGUUCUUGUGUGUUGGAGUUGGGUUGUGGGCUGGGCUCAUCAUCGGAUUUGUAACUGAGUACUACACCAGCAAUGCAUACAGCCCUGUCCAAGAUGUUGCUGACUCUUGCCGCACUGGGGCUGCCACCAAUGUCAUCUUUGGGCUCGCGCUUGGAUACAAGUCCGUCAUCAUCCCAAUCUUUGCUAUCGCUUUUAGCAUCUUCGUCAGCUUCAGCUUUGCUGCCAUGUAUGGCAUUGCUGUGGCUGCUCUUGGGAUGCUGAGCACCAUUGCCACUGGCCUUGCCAUUGAUGCUUAUGGUCCCAUCAGUGACAAUGCUGGAGGCAUUGCUGAGAUGGCCGGUAUGAGCCACCGGAUCAGGGAGAGGACUGACGCCCUUGAUGCUGCUGGGAACACCACCGCUGCUAUCGGGAAGGGCUUCGCCAUUGGGUCUGCUGCUCUUGUGUCCCUGGCCCUGUUUGGUGCAUUCGUGAGCCGAGCGGCCAUCUCCACUGUUGACGUCCUGACCCCUAAGGUGUUCAUUGGCCUGAUUGUGGGUGCAAUGCUUCCAUACUGGUUCUCUGCUAUGACAAUGAAGAGUGUGGGGAGUGCUGCCCUCAAGAUGGUUGAGGAGGUCCGCAGGCAGUUCAACACCAUCCCGGGUCUCAUGGAGGGUACUGCCAAGCCCGACUAUGCGACCUGCGUGAAGAUCUCUACUGAUGCCUCCAUCAAGGAGAUGAUCCCACCAGGUGCCCUCGUGAUGCUCACCCCUCUCAUUGUUGGGUACUUCUUCGGUGUUGAGACCCUCUCUGGGGUCCUUGCCGGUUCACUUGUUUCUGGCGUACAGAUUGCCAUCUCCGCUUCCAACACUGGUGGUGCAUGGGAUAACGCCAAGAAGUACAUCGAGGCUGGCACAUCGGAGCAUGCCAGGAGCCUGGGGCCCAAGGGAUCAGACUGCCACAAGGCUGCUGUGAUUGGUGACACCAUCGGCGACCCGCUCAAGGACACAUCCGGCCCGUCCCUCAACAUCCUCAUCAAGCUGAUGGCAGUCGAGUCGCUCGUGUUCGCCCCCUUCUUCGCCACCCACGGCGGCCUGCUCUUCAAGAUCUGGAGCUAAAAGCAGAUCGAAAAUGAGGACAUCAUGGGGCAGGACGACUUCAAAUUUUCCCCUUGCUCUAUUGUCCUUCCAUCUAUCUUUUUCUAUUACUACUAUUAACUUUACUUCUCCGUUGAGGUUUAAUGUUUUUAGCUUUUCCUCUUCUUUUUUUUUUUUUUUUUUUUUUUCCCUUGGGGGGGUAAUUUGUUGUACGCUGAUGUUUUCUCGGAGAGAUCGGACCCAAAGGCUUAAAUGCUUCGAUGAUGUCGAUAAGGGAGACCGGGAGUAUCAAUCUUGUUGAAGAGCUUGGAGACAUUUGUUGUCAUCCAUCCAUUUCCCAUUGCAGACAUUUCUCUCCUUACCUAAAACUGUUUGAAGAUUCAAUUUUUGGUA